CCUUGGUUCACAGCGUUGUCCCUGUAUCACCAGCACCACCCCCACUCCAACUAUAUCUCCAUAGUAUUGUCAAAGACCACUGAAACUUCCUUGUCGACCCCACCGUUAACCUCCAAUACUUCCCAAUAUCGCCAUAAUGCAGCCCAUUGCUCCAGCUCCACAACGUCCAGCUACCUCCAACCCUUCCUCUACCCCCAACGCCUCGGUCCCUCGGCUUCGCAAGGCUGGCUCACAAACGGAAGAUUGUAAAGCUAGAGGAGGAGCGCGAUGACCUGCUGCAGCUAGUCAAGGCACUUCAAAAUAGCUCUGACUCCAAGGCUAUUCAAGUUCUCAAUCUCAUGCGAAGUAAGGCUCCACUCAGCGAAGUUAAAUUUUACAUAGAUAACGACAAUUCGGAGCUUGAACGAGAGACUACGCCGACCUUGAACAAACAAAUGUCAUCGCAUCGAGGCCCAGAUAUCCAGCAUCCUGAAGAUAUACCCGUCUAUCGUAUUUCAGCCGCCCCGUGGACCUCGGUCACUGAAAGUGACGAUUUUGUAUCUCAUCUAAUCUCCCUAUGGCUGACCUGGAGCCAUCCGUUCUAUAACUGGAUUGAUCGGGAGCUAUUUCUUCGUGACGCUGUAGCAGGAAAAGCAAAUUCGCAAUCCUGUUCCCCAUUCCUUGUGAACUGCAUCUUGGCCGAGGCAUGCUUUCACUCCGACUGUCCAGAGGCUUAUGCCGACCCGAAUAAUCCAAAUUCGAAAGGCGUCCAUUUUUACGAAGAAGCGCAGAAGCUCUACAAGAAGAUAGAGGGUCGGCUCGAUAUGCCAUCCAUUCAAGGAUGCGGGGUGCUGUUCGUGUGUGUGGCGGCCAUGGGUAAGAAUCGCAUGGGCUGGUGGUAUCUCGGUCAAGUUCGCAGCAUGGCUGAGGAAUACGCCAAGAUGCAUCUUGACUCGCCGUCCUCGACCCCUACCAGGGAAAGUCGCGCAAUUGAUAACACCAUCUGGGGCAUCUACAAUCUUACAACUACUGCAUCAAUCUCGCUCAUGAAACAUAUGGCCAUUGAUCAUCUCGAGGAAGAUAUCUGGACCGCGUACCCUCGGCAAAUGGAUCCAGUUCAGUCGCACAUUCCUUGCGUGCUGAACAGGUUCACUACGCUAAGUGAGAUUAACGUGGAUGCGAAUCGACUCGUGUUCACAAGCGGCCUCAAUUCACCACGCGAUGAACUGGAAAAGGCCCUUAAAGGUAUCCUGGAACGGCUAGACGUCUGGAAGAGCAACCUUCCUACAUGCCUAACCCCCGACAACCCCACUGUUUCUCAAUCGUUGAGUUCGCAGUAAGGACCAUAACCCACCCCCGAAACCGACAACAGCAUGGACUUUUAUUAUCGUGCUACUAACCAAAGUACUUGCAUCCAGUAUGCUCUAUCACGCGGUGGUGAUCAUGCUUUGGAGCCUCCUCAAGAGGGAAGACACGAAUGGUGAAAACAAUUUCAAGAUAACCCGCGAGGCCGCAAGGAAGGCUGCGUGGAUUCCGCCUUAGCAAUUAUCGAC